AUGGCCGGCCUCCUAGGAAACCUCACCGGCGCGCUGGACAACACCCUCACCGGCGGCGACCCAGCCCAGGGCCAAGGCGGCCUCCUCGGCGCGGCCACGGGCACCGUCACCAAGACGGUGGACAGCGCCGGGAACGCGGUGACCAAGACGGUGGACGGCGCCGGGAACGUGGUGGGGCAGACGACGAACGGGGUGGCGAACACGGCCGGGGGGGCGGCGAAGGGGGCGGGGGGCUUGCUGGGGGGGGUGACGGGGGGGAAGUAG